AUGGAGCUGGAUCCACGGCUUCGACCUGGCCAGGCCUCGCCACCGCCCGAUGCCGGCAAGAAGCAGUCGAGCACGCCAUCGUCCGAGUCCGAGUCGGCGUCGCCGUCUUCUCCCCAGCUCGAGUCCUCGUCUGCCGCUGCGGCGGCACAUGCCCAGCAGCAGGAUGCGGCCGCCGAGGAGGCCAUCAGGAAGCCAAGGGCCUGCGAGGCCUGCCGCAGCCUCAAGGUGCGCUGCGUCACGACGGCACCCACGAGGAAGCGGCAGAGGAAGACGGACAGCCGCGUCUUGGAGCUCGAGAAGAAGAUUGACGCCUUGACGGCGAGCCUGCAGGCCCGUGCCGCGCCGGCGGCGGCGGGAGGCAGCAGCGCAAGCCCACGGGUGGCGGCGGCGUCGGCGGCGUCUCAGGCGCACCGGCCAUCUGGCGGCGGGACCGUUUGGGGCGCCCAUGACGAGGCGACGAGCUGGGGGGCCGCCACCGUCGAGACGGGCCAGGGGCGACGGCAGCAGCAGCAGCAGCAUCGCCUCUCCGCUGCCUUGUACGAGCCCGCCGCAGCCACCGCCGCGGCAGGUCAAAAGAGAAAAGCCGCCGAGAGCCCUGACGGCAACGACAACGACAACGGCAGCAAUGAGCACGGGCGCUCGCCGUCGCCCGCCCCGGCCCUGGUGCCCAAGCCGAGCGAGCGAGACAUUGUCGACCGCGGCCUCGUCAGCGUCGAAAAGGCAGCCGAGCUCUUCUCGCGCUACAAGGAGAGCAUGAUCCGGCACAUGCCGGCCGUCGUCUUCCCGCCGAGCAUGUCGAGCAUGGAGCUGCGCCGCAGCAAGCCGUACCUGUUCCUGGCCAUCAUGGCGGCCGCCUCGUCCGAGACGCACCGGCUCCAGCGCGCGCUGCACCGCGAGCUGAUGCAGCUCUUUGCCUACAAGAUCGUCGUGGCGGGCGAGAAGAACCUCGAGCUCGUGCAGGCGCUCCACGUCGCCGUCGUCUGGUACUGGCCGCCCGAGCACUUUGAGGAGCUCAAGUUCUACCAGCUCGUCCACAUGGCGGCCGUCAUGGCGCUCGACAUUGGCCUGGGCAAGCCGCGCGCCCCCUCGCGCCGCGGCAUCCCGCCCUUUAGCUGGAGGGAGGCGGCGCGCCCGCCCGAGCGUCGCCACGAUGCGCAGCCCGAUCCGACGAGCCUCGAGUGCCGCCGCGCCUGGCUGGCCUGCCACUUCUUCGCCGCCAACACGGCCAUGUCGCUGCACCGCCCCAACCUGAUCCGCUGGUCGUCGUUUAUGACCGAGAGCCUCGACCUCCUGGCCUCGUCGCCCGAUGCCGCCCCGACGGACCAGUACCUGUGCCACCUCGUCUGGACGCACCGCAAGGGCGAGGAGAUUGGCGUCCAGUUCUCUAUGGACGACCCGGGCGCCGCUCCCGUCAACAUCACCGACGCCAGGACCCAGUAUGCCCUGAGGGCGCUGGAGCGCGACCUCGCCAAGUACCGCGCCUCGGUGGCCAAGGAGCUGCUGCAGCCAACGCUCAAGAUUGGCUUCCACCUCCUCAGCCUGUACAUGCACGAGCUCGUCCUCCACUCCAACAUGUCGACGGAGCAGAUCCGCCCGCCCUUCAACACCGACGCCAUCCGCGACGGUAUGGUCGGCCGCGCCGAGCCGCUGUCGGCCGCCCACAUCAACGCGCUGUCGGCCUGCCUGGGCGCCAUUGCCGGCAUCCUUGACACCUUUCUCGCCAUGGACGUGUCCGCCAUCCGCUGUCUGCCCGUCUUCAACUUUGUCCGCGUCGCCUACGCCGUCGUCGUCCUCAUGAAGAUGUUCUUCUCCGCCUCGGACCCGCGCUUCGAGCUCGGUAGCAUCAUUGGCCGCGGCGACCUGCGCGUCGACUUCUACCUCGACGCCCUGCUGCAAAAGUUUCGCGUCACCGCCGCCGACGACAGGUGUCGCCCUGCAGCAAAGUUCCUCGUCGUCCUCGUCAUGCUCAAGAGCUGGUUCCUGAGACAGGCCAAGGCUGACGUCGACUCUGGCGGCGGCGGCGGCGGCGGCGGCGCAGUGGAAGGCGGAGACGGCUCUGGCGCGGCCCUGUCCGGGACCAGUCCCGCGCCCCCGGAUGCCCCCCCUCCCUCCUCGGCCCAGCACCCGCGGCAGCACUCCCUCAACACCCCCCUGCAGGUCCUCUCCGAAGUCGCCAUGGGCCGCGAAUCCAGCGGGCCGCCGCGCCCCGUCUUCGGCUCCCUCCCAGACAUCCGACCCGGCCAUGCCCACCACCUCCACAAGCCCCUCUUCCACGACGCCGCCUCCUCGGCCGGCGGCGCCUCUACCUCGUCCCCCUCCGGCCCGAGCGCAAACUUCACUCCCACCGCCGCCGCCGCCGCCGCCAUGGGCCCCGCGUCGUCGUCCUCGUCGUCCAUAGGCGCCGGCCCCGGGGCCGCGGGUGCCUUUCCUCACCCCCCCUGGAUGGACCAGCAGCAGCAGCAGCAGCAGCAGCAGCCGCCAGCGCCGAACUGGGAUCCCCUCACCGGCCUGCCCCCGAGCCUCGGCCUUGACCUCGAGAGCCUCGGCCUGCCGCUCGACUCCUACGACGCCCACGCCGGCGGCGCCAGGAUAAUCAUCAACGAGCCCUGGUUCACCGACGUGUUCCAGGGCCUGCCCGACCCAAACGUCUUUCCCUUCUGA